GUAAGGUUCUCAGUCUCUCUCACACUUCUAAAACUGUAACACUCCACUUCCCAUUUCUCUCUCUCAAACCCCCGAUUGAUCAUCAGAUUGCUUCCUAUUUUCUGAAGAGGAAUCAUGAGAGAAAUCCUUCACGUUCAAGGUGGACAGUGUGGAAAUCAGAUUGGAUCCAAGUUCUGGGAAGUUGUCUGUGAUGAGCACGGCAUAGAUCCGACUGGGCGAUAUGUUGGAACCUCUGAUUUGCAAUUGGAGCGUGUGAAUGUGUAUUACAAUGAGGCAUCCUGUGGACGAUUUGUUCCUCGUGCUGUGCUCAUGGAUCUUGAGCCCGGCACGAUGGACAGCGUUAGGACGGGUCCUUAUGGCCAGAUCUUUAGGCCUGAUAACUUUGUGUUUGGUCAGUCUGGUGCUGGAAACAACUGGGCCAAAGGGCACUAUACCGAAGGUGCAGAGCUUAUUGACUCGGUUCUUGAUGUUGUGAGGAAGGAAGCUGAGAACUCUGACUGCCUUCAAGGUUUCCAGGUUUGCCACUCCCUCGGUGGUGGAACAGGUUCGGGUAUGGGUACCCUGCUGAUCUCGAAGAUCAGAGAGGAAUACCCUGAUAGAAUGAUGCUCACGUUCUCUGUGUUCCCAUCACCAAAGGUGUCGGAUACCGUGGUUGAGCCAUAUAAUGCCACACUUUCUGUGCAUCAGCUCGUGGAGAAUGCAGAUGAGUGCAUGGUGCUAGACAAUGAAGCACUGUAUGAUAUAUGUUUCAGGACGCUGAAACUAACCACUCCCAGCUUUGGUGAUUUGAACCACUUGAUUUCUGCAACGAUGAGUGGGGUGACAUGCUGCCUCCGGUUCCCUGGCCAGCUUAACUCUGAUCUUAGAAAGCUUGCUGUGAACCUGAUCCCCUUCCCGCGUUUACACUUCUUCAUGGUGGGGUUUGCUCCGCUCACCUCACGUGGAUCUCAGCAAUACCGAGCCCUUACAGUCCCUGAGCUAACUCAACAAAUGUGGGAUUCCAAGAACAUGAUGUGCGCUGCUGAUCCACGGCAUGGGCGCUAUCUCACAGCUUCAGCCAUGUUCAGGGGCAAAAUGAGCACCAAGGAAGUGGAUGAACAGAUGAUCAACGUGCAAAACAAGAAUUCGUCCUACUUUGUGGAGUGGAUUCCAAACAACGUGAAGUCAAGCGUGUGCGAUAUCCCACCUAGGGGGCUGUCAAUGUCAUCCACCUUCGUCGGGAACUCCACACCCAUUCAGGAGAUGUUCAGGAGAGUGAGCGAGCAGUUCACUGCCAUGUUCAGGCGAAAGGCUUUCUUGCAUUGGUACACCGGAGAAGGAAUGGACGAGAUGGAGUUCACAGAAGCUGAGAGCAACAUGAACGACCUGGUUUCCGAGUACCAGCAGUACCAGGAUGCCACUGCUGAUGAUGAAGGCGAGUACGAGGAAGAAGAAGAGGGGGUAUUGGAGCAUGAUGACUAGAAGGACAAGUUAUGCCAUUUCAUAUAGCUAUUUGGUGUGUCUUGAAUCUUGAUCUGAGCCUGAAGACUCUGUUCGUUUGUGUAUGUUACAGUUGUUUGGUUCGGGGUGUGAGUAAGAAGUUGUUCAUGUAAUUCACUUUGAGAUUGAGAUUGCAAUAAAUUAGGUGUCCAUUGCCAACCCGGCAAUGUGCCUUGUUAUAAUUUCCA